AUGCCGGUGAUGAAGGGCCUGCUAGCGCCCCAGAACACCUUCUUGGACACCAUUGCCACCAGGUUUGAUGGCACCCACAGCAACUUCCUGCUGGGCAAUGCACAGGGGCAUCGUGGCUACCCUAUUGUGUACUGCUCGGAUGGCUUCUGUGAGCUUACUGGCUUUGCGCGUACUGAAGUCAUGCAGAAGAACUGUAGCUGUCGCUUCCUGUAUGGGGCGGAGACCAGCGAGCACGUGGCCCUGCAGAUGGAGAAAGCUCUGGAGGGGCGAGAAGAGUACCAGGCUGAGGUGCAGUUCUACAAGAAAAACGGGACUUCCUUCUGGUGUUUGCUGGACAUCGUACCCAUCAAGAAUGAGAAGGGUGAGAUGGUGUUGUUCCUCUUCUCGUUCAAAGACAUCACCGACACGCACGGCAAGAGCCACCACAAUGGCAGGAAAGAAGAGGACAAGAGAAGGAGCAGGAAGACCAGCAGUUCUCACUUCACGGAGGCAAGAAGGCGGGGGAGGACCGUCCUGUACCAUCUGACCAGCCAGUUUUCCAAAAGGAGCAAGAGCGAAGUCAAGCUAAGCAGUAAUGUGUUCGAGAGGCCAUCACUCCCAGAGUAUAAGGUGGCAGCGGUGCAGAAGUCCCGCUUCAUUCUGCUGCACUAUAGUGUCUCCAAGGCUCUGUGGGACUGGAUGAUCCUGCUGGCCACCUUCUACGUGGCUGUUACAGUGCCCUACAAUGUGUGCUUCACUGCCUAUGAUGACUUGGAUUCUGCCGCUCGCAGCACCAUCGUCAGUGACAUCGCUGUGGAGAUGCUCUUCAUCUUGGAUAUCAUCCUCAACUUCCGCACCACCUACGUUAGUCAGUCUGGACAGGUGGUGUAUGAUGCCCGCUCCAUCUGUAUCCACUACGCUGCCACCUGGUUCUUUGUGGACCUAAUUGCUGCUCUGCCCUUUGACCUCCUCUAUGCAUUCAAUGUCACGGUGACAUCUCUGGUCCACCUGCUGAAGACAGUGCGUCUGCUCAGGCUGCUACGACUGCUGCAGAAGCUGGACCGCUACUCUCAGUACAGUGCCAUGGUUCUGACUCUGCUCAUGUCCAUGUUCGCCCUGUUGGCUCAUUGGAUGGCCUGCAUCUGGUACGUCAUUGGCCGCAAGGAGAUGGAGAGCAAUGACGCUGACACCUGGGACAUUGGUUGGCUGCAUGAGCUCGGUAAGAGGCUGGAGACCCCUUACACUAAUAGCACAAUGGGCGGCCCCUCUGUGCGCAGCGCCUACAUCGCCUCACUCUACUUCACCCUCAGCAGCCUCACCAGCGUGGGCUUUGGCAAUGUCUGCGCCAACACAGACGCUGAGAAAAUCUUCUCCAUCUGCACCAUGCUCAUAGGGGCCCUGAUGCAUGCGGUGGUCUUUGGCAAUGUAACGGCCAUCAUCCAACGCAUGUACUCACGCCGCUCACUCUACCACACCCGCAUGAAGGACCUGAAGGACUUCAUCCGAGUGCACAGGCUGCCCCAGCAGCUCAAACAACGAAUGCUAGAGUACUUCCAGACCACCUGGUCUGUCAACAAUGGCAUCGAUGCCAAUGAGCUCCUGCAUGACUUCCCCGAUGAGCUGCGUGCUGACAUCGCCAUGCACCUCAACAAGGACAUUCUGCAGCUGCCCAUCUUUGAGUGUGCUAGCAGGGGGUGUCUACGUUCCCUCUCAUUGCACAUCAAGACCUCCUUCUGUGCCCCUGGGGAGUACCUUAUCCGCCAGGGUGAUGCGCUGCAUGCUAACUACUUCGUCUGCUCUGGCUCCCUGGAGGUGCUGAAGGACAGCAUGGUGCUGGCCAUCCUGGGAAAAGGGGACCUGAUUGGGUCAGACCUGCCAGCCCAGGAGCAGGUCAUUAAGACCAAUGCGGAUGUGAAGGCUUUGACUUACUGUGACCUUCAGUAUAUCAGCGUGCGGGCACUGCGCGAGGUGCUGGAGCUGUACCCGGAGUAUGCCAGCCGCUUCACUGCUGACAUCCACCACAACCUCACUUACAAUCUGAGAGAAGGCAGUGAAGCAGAGGGCCUUACCAGGUUCUCAAGAUCUCCCAGGCUCUCUCAUAACCGUUCAGACCAUGGACCCGCACCGGAGCACAAGCUUCCCUCCAUCGUAGAGGCGGAGGCUGAACCCGAGGAGUACUUCCACCUCUCUCCAGCAUCCAAGUCCCGCAGGAACCUGAUGCUGCCCAGCCUGAGUAGCCCGGUGCGCCGUACCUCCCUGGGGAACCUGCUGGGGGAUGAGCUGAGGCAGUUCAACGCCUUGCGCCACUGCCGAUCCCCAGCCCGGAAUUGCCGGGGCCGCAGCCCCUCCCCCCAGCAGCAGCCCAAGGAAGAACCCCAGCGUUCACCUGCCCUCUCCCGUGCUCCACCUCCCACCCCCAUCACUGAAACGGGAGCCUGCCGCAAGCCUUCCAAGCUGCUCAUCCCCUCCCUCAAUUGUUUCGGCCCGCCAGACCUUAGUCCCAGGGUGGUUGACGGGAUCGAGGACAACGGGCGCACAUUUCACUUCAACACAGAGCGGACUGGGGCCAAGGGCAGCACAGGUGGCGUGGCAGAAGAUGCUAGCCAAGUGAAUGCCACUCUUCUGCUAGAGACGGAGGAGGUGAGACAGAGUAUCAGCCAGCUCAACAAGGAGAUGAGCCACUUGAACCAGGAAGUAUCCCAGCUGAGCAAGGAGCUCCACCACAUGAUGCACUUUUUGCAGGCCCAUGUGACAGUACAGCACUACACUUCCACUCUCUCCACCUAUCCCUAUGGCGUGCAUGUGGUCUCCAAACCUGCUGCCAGCAGUGGCAUGGCCUACAAUGUAGCGGCUGGCCUGCACCUGCACCAUGAGCCUUUGAACCUUGAGCCUCUUGGUCACACUGCUGGAGGGUCGUGGGGCUACACUGGGGCCCAUGGGAGCACCAGCCUGGCCCGGGCAACUGUUAUGGGCCAGCAGGGGGAAGCAGAACAUUUCCACCAGCCCUCCAGCCCCAGAUCCUCCUGCUUGCACACGGACCCAGCAACCAAGCAGAGCUCAGGCCCUGCCUCGGGGAGCACCCCAAACUCUCCAUACAUGGCCCAUCAGAAGCCCCGGACUGGCCACUCCUUGCUGAGCAUCAGCCCAACUUUCCAGGGGUUUGCCACUGGCCCAGCUCCUCAGGUGGGGUAUGGAGGGACUGCUGCUGCCACCCCCAGCAGUUCCUCCACCAACCUCAGUCAGUCCCAGUCAAAUCUGUGCAAGACCCCCAUCAGCUCUGAACAUACACACUCACAGUCCAGUACACCUACGUCUGCCCACUCCUCACUGGCAACUGCCAGUGGUUAUGCCCACCUCCAUGUGUCCACCAAUCCUAUUCUGCAUUCUACUGGUCCCAGGCAGAGCGAGCCUGCCAUUGGCACUGGCUCCCUCCACAUCCUGGAUACCCGAAGCCUCCUGGACAUUCACCAUCUCCCUGCUUCCUCCCGCUCGGGUCCCGCCCCCAUCCUCAGACAGUCAUCAGUCACUUCUCAGGAUUCUGGUCCAUCCAGACUGGAUGCUUGCGACAGCGGCCACCCCUUGGGUGACUCGGCUGGGAUAGAGCACAUUAGUCUGGAGUGUCUGCUGGGUGGGUCGGGAUCCCUGGACAGGAGGGACAGUGAGACGCCAGAGUCACGGAGGUCCAGUAUUGGCAUUCAGACACUCGACACAGAGCCCUUCUGGAGUCUGGACAUGGCAGAGUAG